CUCUCUACUCUUGGUACUGAUUUGUAGGCUGAAAUGGAAAGAAUAGAAACUCAAGAAAGCGAAGAUGGUAGUCAAUCAGUUGACGCAUUUGCAUCAGUCAUGGGACCUGAGCAUCCAGGAUGCAUAAGAUUGUGUGGGCGUGGGGUUACCAAAACAGUCUUGAAAGAAAAAGUGGGAAAUUCUGGACCCUCUUUAAAUAUUACUGAUGAACGGAUGCAACAAAAAAUGAAGGAAAUAGAAGCUAGGGUUCAACAGAGAAUGCAGAAAACAUUUGACGCACAAAUGGAUACCAUGGAACGAGAUAUUACAAUGAAAGUUGUUGGACAAAUUCAGCAUCUAAACCCAAACUUACGACUUGAUCCUAGCUUGCUAAGAUUCAGUGUUUGUUCGCCAGGAGAAGCUGCUAUUCAACAAAUAAAUCAUCCAUCUGCUGGUAGUAACAAUCAAGGUGUUGAAAAUGAAGAAAGGGAAGACACAAGCAGUGAAGACCUUACUUAAGAAGAUAUUUCACUUGAGAAGAUUUUUGGAUUUUUGCUGAAGCUUUAGAUGUUCUAGGAAUAUUUUUCUAUUGACAUUUUGGAACUCAUGCAAACUCUUUAAAUGUAAAACUUUUAUGUAUUUGGGUUUUAACAUUUUGCUUUUAUGGAUAUUAUAACUAGCUUGUGGACAAUAUGGAUUAUGAAAAGUUUCAUUGUGUGAUUUUAUAUAA